AAAUGGAGAAGAAAAUUAUCAAUGUUAUCAAUGAAAUAAUUCGAAAAAUUUCCCAGAACCGUGGGACAUAGUUUCCAGAUUGAAAGCACCCACCAAGUAAGUACCCAGUUUCAUUAAUGAAAACAGACUCUUAGGAAGGUUCAUGAAAUUUCAGAAUAUUGAUUUUAAAAGCUUUGAGGGUUAAGAAGAGGCAAGUUUCAUAAAAAGAUAAAGAAUUAGAAUGGCAUAGCCUCACAGCUCUUAACAGUAGUACUAGAAACCCAACGACAAUGGGGCAAUGCCAUCAACAUUUUGAGAGAAAAUUAUUUCCUAUUUAUAAUUUUACUUCUAGCCAAAUUAUCUUUCAAGGUCUAAAAUAAUUUCCCACCCAUAGACCUUAUUAGGAAGAUAUUGCAGGAAACUCCAUUAAAAAAAAAAAAAAAGGCAGUAAUCCAAGAAAGGGCAUUCUAGAACACAGGAAUCCAGAAAUAAGGGGAAUCUGUGAUAAGAGUGGAGGGAGAGUGGGAAGUCAAGAGCUGUGCAGAGGGUGUGCUCAUCAGUUCCGCUAGGUUAUAGCAUGGCAACAGGCUCUGGGAGACUUUUUUAAGCAAAUGAAACAGACUAAAUAUCUAAAAUGCAUAAACUAUUGAGUGAUUUGUUAAGGAAUGGUUUGGGUAUAAAUUCAUUUAAAAAAAGGAAAAAAGAAAACUAAGCACAUAAAUACUCCAGUACAUUUAAUUUAGCGAAAACUUGUGAGCAGGAAUAGAAAAGCAAUCCUGUUGCAUGGCUCAGUCAUUGACAGCGUUUAUACAUUUGUGAUACAAUGAACACUCAUCUAACCCAAAUUACACAUAACUAUGUUUGAAGAAUGAAGAGACAGGAAGUAUAUAUUUGUUGUGUCAGAGAUGAAGGUACGGAGUGUUUGAAAGAGAGCUGAAGACUCUUAUUUCUCACACUUGUAGGUAAAUAGAUAAUACUAACAGAGAACACCUAAAUUAAAACAACAAGAAGUAGCACUAUAAGAACAUACUACUCAUUGACAUGGACAAUAGUGUGGUGAUUAUGGGAAGGGGGUGUGGAGGUGAAAGAAGGUAUAGGGAAGAUAAAUGGUGAUGAAAAAACAUAUAUAUAUUUAAACACAUAUACAUAAAUAUAUAUUCUUCUGGACUUUAUUUUCAAUAGAUCUAGGAACUAAUGAGACACUAAAAAGUACUAUUUUUCAUUCUCCAUAGAAUCUUUCUAGUUUGUUAAGAUUAGAGUAUAGGGAUUGUGAAGGGGCAUUUAAUUGUUUCACAUUUUAUAUAUUUUAAGAAAAAAAUAGAUUUAAAAGGAGGAAAAAAGGAAAUCAAAAUGUCCUCCAUAAUCUCUAAAGUUCUAGUUUCCUAUUGACAUGAAAAUGCUCUCUUUUCUAUCAGGCCUGCAAUAUGGAAACCACAUGCAUACCAAUCUUGUUUUGGCCCCUCUUCAUGCUAUUAUUAUCAGAUGAAAGCCAGACUUCUAAAACAGAAGUCAAAUAUAAUUUCACUAAAAAGAAUUAUGCUUUGAUUCCAGCGGAUAUCAAUAAAGAGGUUACUAUACUUGAUCUCAGUUAUAACCAAAUUACUCUGAAUAUUACAGACACAAGUGUUCUACAGAUGUACUGUUUACUCACUGAGCUCUAUUUGAUUGAAAAUAGUGUCAUUAUCUUACAUAAUAAUAGUUUUGGUAACCUCUCCAAUCUAAAAAUUUUAAAUAUUUGUAGAAACUCUAUCCACAUAAUUCAACAGGGUACGUUUACAGGCUUAAAUAAACUAGAACAGUUAUAUCUCUGUCAGAACAAAAUAUUACAACUGAAUCCUGAUAUAUUUGUGCCUCUUAAAAACCUGAAACUUCUGAAUCUGCAAGGCAAUUUGAUAAGUCAUUUUGAUGUACCACAACUGUUUCGUCUGGAAUUAAUCAUUUUAAAUGGAAAUCCAUGGAACUGCUCUUGUAGUCUACUGAAUUUGCAGAAUUGGUUAAACACAUCAAAUGUAACACUAGAAAAUGAGAACAUCACCAUGUGCAGCUACCCAGAUAGCCUGAAAUGCUACAGCAUCAAAACAGUACCUUAUAAGGCUGAAUGCUACUCAAAAUUUCCUUCACUUAUAACUGAAGAACUUCAUAUGAAUUUUCAGUCAAUUAGCAAUUCAACAUUUAAUAGCUCUUUGAACAACUUAACAAGAAAUUCAGAACAUGGACCUGUUGGAAAAAGCUGGGCUUUUCUUGUUGGUGUUGUAGUGACUGUACUGAUGACUUCACUCCUCAUUUUUAUUGCUGUCAAAUGCCCAAUAUGGUAUAAUUUUCUGCUUAGUUACAAUCAUCAUCGCCUAGAAGAGCAUGAAGCAGAACCCUAUGAAGAUGGAUUUACCAAAAAUUCAAGUUCUCUUUCACAGAUACCAGAUACAAACUCUGAAGAUACUACAGAAAUAUUUGAACAAUUACAUUCAUUUGUAAUAGAUGAUGAUGGGUUUAUUGAAGAUAAAUACAUAGAUAUGCAUGAAUUAUGUGAAGAUAAUUAACCGCUUUCAAAGUUUGAUUAUUUAAAAAAUGUUAUCACACUCACAGUUUAGACAUGGAGAUUUUCAUAUGUGACAUACCAAACUAUAGUUAGUAGACCUUCAUAUUAAUUGCAACACACAUAAAUAUCAUAAAAUUAUGCUUUUCUCAUUGGUAUUGAAAAAGUUAGUCCAACUACAGUAACUGACACUCCUUGGUAGCUAACAGUUAUAAUACUAGCAUUAUUAUUCUCAGCAAUAUUCAAGAGACCAUAUAUACUAAUAAUAAAAAAAAGCAUAAAGUAAAUUAUUAAUGAAAAUGAACUGAUUCUCAUAUUAGUUCAGAUAUUUGACAUAAUACACAUAAAUUAUAUUAAAGUUUUACUGAUUGGAAUCAGUAGAGAAAUAAAGGUUUUGGAUUUAUAUCAUGAGUCACAGUAAG